CAAAAACGCGCCAUAAUCAGAAGAACAAAUAAUAUUGUUUAUUUAUGUAAAAACCAUGGAAAAAAGCGACCAAAUAGCGGAUAAGGAUGAUGAGGCGGAACUGCCACAACCCACUACAGCGAUUUCGGGUCAAAUCAAGGCCAUUGCUAAGGACACAGUGCACAAAAUCUGCUCCGGACAGGUGGUUCUGAGUUUGGCAGUGGCUGUCAAAGAGCUGGUGGAGAACUCCAUAGAUGCGGGUGCCACACUGGUGGAGAUCAAGCUGAAGGAUCAGGGAUUACAGGGCGUGGAGGUCAGCGACAAUGGCAGUGGCGUAGAGGAAGUGAAUCUGGAGGGCAUGACUGCCAAGUACCACACUUCGAAAAUCAGGGAAUUCGUGGACCUGCUGGGCGUGGAAACCUUUGGAUUCCGUGGGGAAGCUCUAAGUUCUCUAUGCGCCUUGUCGGACAUGGUCAUCCAAACGCGGCACGAGUCCACUGAAGUGGGCAUCAAGGUGGAACUCGACCAUGAUGGCAGGAUCAAGAAGCGUUCUCCCUGUGCCCGUGCCGUGGGCACCACUGUGAGUUUGACCAAUCUAUUUGCCACCCUCCCAGUUCGUCGUCGUGACUUCACCCGCAAUAUCAAGAAGGAGUUCACCAAGAUGUGCCAGAUCCUGCAGGCCUACUGUCUGGUCACCAAAGGAGUGCGCAUCCUGUGCAGCAAUCAGACGCCCAAGGGCGCCAAAACAGUGGUGCUGCAGACGCAUGGCAACCAUGAGGUGCUGGCCAAUAUAUCGGCCAUAUUCGGAGCACGCCAGGCGGCGGAUCUGGUGCCCCUAAAGUCGCCCUUUGAGCAGGGUCAACUAAGCGAGGCGGGAUUGCGGGCCAAUCUGGAGUCCUCCGCAGAUGCAGCCGACACCACUUGCUCGCAAAUCAGCGCCGAGGAUGUGGAGCGUCUUAACCAGGCGGACUUUCAGCUGGAGGGUUUCAUUUCCAGCUGCCGACAUGGCGCUGGGCGUUCUAGCAGAGAUCGCCAGUACUUCUUCGUCAAUUCUAGGCCCUGUGAUCCCAAGAAUAUAGCCAAGGUGAUGAACGAGGUGUACCAUCGCUAUAAUGUCCAGCAGCAGCCUUUUAUCUACCUAAACAUUGUGACUGCUCGCUCGGAUGUCGAUGUGAAUCUCACGCCGGACAAACGCCAGUUGCUCAUCAACAAUGAGAGGAUUCUGCUGCUGGCUCUGAAGAAAUCCCUGCUGGACACCUUUGGCCAGACGCCAGCCACAUUCCAGAUGCAAAACACCACCAUUGUAAGCAUGCUGGAGCCAAAACUUAAGCAGGAGAAAACCGAAUCCCCCAAAGAACUUGUCCAGGAAGACAGGAAUGGAGAAGCUGACGAUGAUGAUGUGCCCAUUAGCUCUUCGCAGAGGUUCAUGGAUGUGCUCACCCAGUGGCGACGCACUGGCGAUACCAAGGGCACGGCACCAUCAGUUCCUGUCAAGCGCCGCUGCAGUGAAACCGAAGAGUUGGCCACUCGCUCCAUGAAAAUGCAAAAGAUUCACACUUUUCUCAGUCAAGAGUCGCCCAAGGAACAGACUUCCAAGUGCGAGUCGGAAUCUGAAGGAGCAAGUGAUAAUGAAAAGGGAAAGGAGAAGGAAAACAAGGAACAGGGCUGUAGUCUUGAUAAUAGUUUCCUGAACUUGAAAGAACUGGCUAAAGAGUCGGAAGCCUAUGACCUUUUGACGAAACCAGCCAAAGAAGCUCGCAUUGAUUGCAAAGUCUUUACACCAGUUAAAAGCCGACGUAGCAUCAUAGAAAUCAAGCCAGAACCCAAGGCCCUGGCCAAACAGAAGUCCCCGCCAGAAAGUCAUCCAGAUCCGCCCAGCCUAACCCAGUUAUCCGAAGAAACCGAUAUUGCCAGCGAUGAUGAUGACCACAUUGAACUGCCCACUCGCAUAGAGUUCGAUGAGGAGGAGGAUGAGGGUCCGCCGGCCAAUUUUUCAAACGGAGAACUAUGCACCACGCUGGAGGAGAUUGCCUCCUCCUUGAAGGCCCAGGAGCAGCAGCAGCGGGAUCGCAGGGCACGAGCCAAGCUGCAGCGUCUGCGAUUCAAGACCGAAAUUAAUCCGAACCAAAACAACAAUGCGGAGGCGGAGUUGCAACGGGAGAUCGGAAAGGAGGACUUUGCCCGCAUGGAGAUCAUAGGGCAGUUUAACCUGGGUUUUAUCAUAGUCAAACUAGAGGAUGAUCUCUUUAUUGUGGAUCAGCAUGCCACCGAUGAAAAGUUCAACUUUGAGACGCUGCAGCGCACCACUCAGUUGGAGUAUCAGCGCUUGACGGUGCCACAAAAUCUGGAAUUGACGGCUGUUAACGAAAUGGUGCUCAUUGACCAUCUGCCUGUGUUCGAAAAGAAUGGCUUCAAGUUCGAGAUCGACCAUGAGGCACCUGCUACAAAAAAAGUGCGUCUGCUCGGCAAGCCGCAUAGCAAGCGUUGGGAAUUUGGCAAAGAGGAUAUUGAUGAACUUAUAUUCAUGCUACAGGAUGCACCCGAGGGCACCAUUUGUCGACCCUCUCGAGUAAGAGCUAUGUUUGCUUCACGAGCCUGCCGAAAAUCCGUGAUGAUUGGCACUGCUUUGAACAGGACCACAACAAUGAGGCGACUUAUCACACAAAUGGGAGAAAUCGACCAGCCUUGGAAUUGCCCACAUGGACGACCCACAAUGCGUCAUCUCAUUAAUAUCACAAUGUUAGCAGACAAUGAUGAAGAUGAGGAGGAAGCUACUAAACCUCAAGAGAAUCUAGAAUAGUUAUAGGUCAUAGAACAAAGCAUGAAACAAAAGAUUAGUAAUUGUUGCAGUUU